CCCCUAAAGAUGGCGUCGUUGCUGCAAUCGGAGCGGGUUCUCUACGUAGUCCAGGGAGAAAAGAAGGUUCGGGCCCCGCUCUCGCAGCUUUACUUCUGCCGCUAUUGUAGCGAGCUGCGGUCGCUGGAAUGUGUGUCUCACGAGGUGGACUCCCAUUAUUGUCCCAGUUGUUUAGAAAAUAUGCCAUCGGCUGAAGCCAAACUAAAAAAGAAUAGAUGCGCCAACUGCUUUGACUGUCCUGGCUGUAUGCACACCCUCUCCACUCGGGCAACAAGCAUUUCCACACAGCUUCCAGAUGACCCAGCCAAGACCACGGUGAAGAAAGCCUAUUAUCUGGCCUGUGGAUUUUGUCGCUGGACAUCUAGAGAUGUGGGCAUGGCAGACAAAUCUGUGGCUAGUGGUGGUUGGCAGGAACCUGAAAAUCCUCACACGCAACGGAUGAACAAGCUGAUUGAAUAUUACCAGCAGCUUGCUCAGAAGGAGAAGGUUGAACGGGAUCGCAAGAAACUGGCACGGCGUAGAAACUAUAUGCCUUUGGCUUUUUCGGACAAAUAUGGUCUCGGAACCAGGCUUCAGCGACCACGAGCUGGUACAACCAUCAGUACCCUUGCUGGACUUUCCCUUAAAGAAGGAGAGGACCAGAAAGAGAUAAAGGUUGAGCCAGCUCAGGCUGUAGAUGAAGUGGAACCUCUACCUGAAGACUAUUAUACAAGACCAGUAAAUUUAACAGAGGUGACCACCCUUCAGCAGCGCCUCUUACAGCCUGACUUCCAGCCAAUCUGUGCUUCACAGCUCUAUCCUCGUCACAAGCAUCUUCUGAUCAAACGGUCCCUGCGCUGCCGAAAAUGUGAACAUAAUCUGAGCAAGCCAGAAUUUAAUCCGACAUCUAUCAAAUUCAAAAUCCAGCUGGUUGCUGUCAAUUAUAUCCCAGAAGUGAGAAUCAUGUCAAUUCCCAACCUUCGCUACAUGAAGGAGAGCCAGGUCCUCCUGACUCUUACGAAUCCAGUGGAAAACCUCACCCACGUGACUCUGUUGGAGUACGAGGAGGGGGACCCUGAUGAUAUCAACAGCACUGCUAAGGUGGUGGUGCCUCCCAAAGAGCUUGUUUUAGCCGGCAAGGAUGCAGCAGCAGAGUAUGAUGAGUUGGCAGAACCCCAGGACUUUCAGGAUGAUCCUGACAUUAUAGCCUUCAGAAAGGCCAACAAAGUGGGUAUCUUCAUCAAAGUGACCCCACAGCGUGAGGAGGGCGAAGUGACCGUGUGCUUUAAGAUGAAGCACGAUUUUAAAAACCUGGCCACCCCUAUCCGCCCCAUCGAAGAAGCUGACCAGGGUACAGAGGUCAUCUGGCUCACCCAGCAUGUGGAACUCAGCUUGGGCCCGCUUCUUCCUUAAAGUGUUCCAGUGGCGGGCAGAUCCCAAAGGACAGUAUCAUCACAAACCCACGUUAAAAUGUGGAAGCCGCUGCUUCAUUAGGCCUUGUUUAUAAUGAUGUACCCAUGCACUACUGAAUCCUGUUCCUAGGAGCUUAGGGGCAUAGGCAAGGCAUUAGGAACACAGGGUGACUGCUGUUCCUCUGGCCCUCUCUUCUGUUAACACCCGUAAGUCUGUGUCUCCCUCACUGAACCCUGCACGUUGACUAACAACAGCAUAGUUCCAUCCCAAGAAAAGGGGUGGCUGUUCCUUGGCGUGGCAUUCGAUUGACCACUUGAGAAACUGACCAUACUAUCUCCCGAUCUGAUCUCAUAAAGGAUCACAGUCUCACAGAUGAAACUUAAAAUAACUGAAAGGUAGGCCCGCUAUUGAUGACCCAGCAUUGGUCUCAGUAUACCAGCUGCUUUUUGCAUUCCACUAGAUAUAAUCUAGCACUCUAAACAUAUCCCUUCACUUGUCAUCUUGGCUCCCAUCCAUUUGACAGGAUAAUAGAAUCGUUAUGUUGUCUUUAGUGUUGUGAUGAUUGGAAAAACCUGUGAAAUAGUUAAGGCACCUUAAUUUGCCCUCUUUUAAGUGAAUAUAAGAUACUUAUUUAUUAAUUGUUCUUAAAAAUUUUUUCCCAGUAGGAUACAGAACUUUUUCUUCUAGGAAGAAUUUGAGAAGCAAGCAAUUACGUGUCAUAUCAAGGGGGUGGCAAAUUCUGUUCAUUUUAACUGUUGCCACAGUACCCAGGGACUGAUGCUGCCGCAGCGAGCCCAUCUUUUAUGUCUUACUCCCUACGCUUCUCUUCGGCUCGGCCUCUUUAACUCAGUAAGUUGUUCUGAGUACUGGGGACCUGGAAAGAGCCCAAAGAAAACUCGGUGGACAAGUUCACUUCUGGAAUUCAGAAAAUAUUUUAAAUGUUAGAUGUUUAUCGUGAUCUGAACUAAUGUUCUUUCCAUUGAUUUGAAGGGGAAGUUAACAUUUGUAAUCUCUUGAAUCCAAAACUGGAUAUUCAGAAAAAGAACCUUCUCCCUUCCUGCAUUUAAGACUUUUAUCAUACGGUUUGUCAAAUAAGAGCAUUUUGACCAUAAAUCAUAAAGAAUACUUGCCUAACAGCACACAUGCUGUUUUCACUUGGUAUCCUGGAGUUGGGUUGCUAACCUUAAUUUCUGUGAUGUCUUCUCAACUGAGACUUGACAAAGUAGACCACCACCUGCACCACAUUAUCUGUAAAUGUAUUGUUAGCAAGCAGCCAACAGACCUUUGGGGAAAGAGAAAUUUCCUGUUUA